AUGCUGAAUGAUCAUGACCAUGCAAAUCCUUGCACCUGCCAGUUCAGCAACCCAUGUGCUAUCGAAGAGCUAGUCAACCGAUUCUGGCAGCUAGAAGAAGUGCAGGACAACCGAGGCUGGUCUCCCUCGGAACGAUUCUGCGAAGAACACUUCAUCCGGAAUACCACGAGAAAUACACAUGGUCGCUUCAUCGUCAAACUACCCAAGCGCGAAGAGCUUCUGAUGCAGCUGAAGGACAACCGAUACAAUGCAACCCGCCGCUUCUAUAGUUUGGAGCGGUCUCUGGAAACGAAUCCGGAGAAGAAAAUAUUGUAUCACAAGUUCGUCAAGGAGUACUUGGAGCUCCGCCACAUGCAGGAGGUUGACCCCGGGGAAUUCAAUAUACAGCCACAGUAUUUCCUGCCUCAUCAUGCCGUAAUGAAAAUGGACAGCUCCACAACAAAACUUUGA